CGCCUCCCUGCCAUGCCGCUCUAAUACUCCCUCCACCCGAAACACACCGGCGUAUACAUGGACAACUCCUGCCUCCUCGACCUGCUUAUCAGGUGUUUCGCCAUGACGGAGCCCGAGGACCUCAACUUCACGGCGUUCACGGACCUCUGUCGGCUCUGCUCUCUCAAGAGCGGGCCGCGGCUGCACAUAUUCGACAAGGAGUCUGAGCAGAGGCAGAUACUUUUCAAGUUACGGACGUGUCUGCCGACUAUGAUAUCGAAGGACGACUUCCUGCCGAAGAAGAUCUGCGAGCGCUGCGUGACGCGGCUGGAACAGCUGUACGAGUGGCGCCAGAGCUGCCUCAGCACCGACUCCGUGCUGCGCAACUACGCCGAGUCCAUGCGCAUCGUCACCUCCACCAUCAACUUCCAGGUCAGUUACCAGCGUUACUCGGGUACACCUGCAGGCGUGACGCAGCUGGAGCAGCUGUACGAGUGGCGCCAGAGCUGCAUCAGCACCGACUCCGUGCUGCGCAACUACGCCGAGUCCAUGCGCAUCGUCACCUCCACUAUCAACUUCCAGGCAGGCGUGACGCGGCUGGAGCAGCUGUACGAGUGGCGCCAGAGCUGCCUCAGCACCGACUCCGUGCUGCGCAACUACGCUGAGUCCAUGCGCAUCGUCACCUCCACCAUCAACUUCCAGGUCAGUUACCAGCGUUACUCGGGUACACCUGCAGGCGUGACGCGGCUGGAGCAGCUGUACGAGUGGCGCCAGAGCUGCCUCAGCACCGACUCCGUGCUGCGCAACUACGCCGAGUCCAUGUGCAUUGUCAUCUCCAGACCUCCACCAUCAACUUCCAGGUCAGUCCACAGGCUGCUGCAAGACGCGAACAACAACAACAGCAGCAACAGCAGCAGCAACAACAACAGCAGCAGCAGCAACAACAACAGCAGCAACAACAACAGCAGCAGCAGCACAGCAGCAACAACAACAACAGCACAGCAGCAACAACAGCAGCAACAGCAACAGCAGCAGCAGCAGCAGCAGCAGCAGCAAGCAACAGCAGCAACCGCGCUCGUCAACAGCAUCUCAGCAGCAGCAGCAACAUUUGUUGUUAUCAAACAGCAACAACAGCAGCAGCAGCAACAGCAGCAGCAACAUCAGCAACAACAAACGACCAACACUAAUAAUGCUACCCGCCACCAUCAAGAAUUGCAACAAGCGCAGAACAACGCAAGUACCCACCAAGGCCACCCGUCUCCUCCCACCGUCAGCUCCACGCAGCACCACUAUGCCACCAUCAACUCGCCCAUCAAGGUCCCUCAAGUGAGCUCCAGCACCGGAGGGCCGGACAGCACAUUCACGGUACCUGAUGACGUCGGUAUGGGCUUUGAAGGAGGAGUUCGAGUGCUACAGAGUCUCGGGAAUUGGUCACCAGAAGUCACAAACAACAUACCCAGGCCGAAUCUCAUUCCCUUCACGGAACCGUACGCGGAAGGUGGUUCCAUGCAUCCCGGUACCAGGCUCAAAGCUCUUCAGGGUACGACCGUUAGGAAGCAUCCAGCUAUCAAACCAACCAGCUCCACUAAUGAAGUUGUUUCAGGCAGUAAGGCAUUUGAGUGCACUGUCUGCGGGAAAGGAUUAGCACGCAAAGACAAGCUAACAAUUCAUAUGAGAAUACACACAGGUGAGAAGCCAUACGUGUGCGAAGUGUGUAACAAAGCAUUCGCUCGACGAGACAAGUUGGUACUGCAUAUGAACAAGCUGAAACAUAUUACGCCGUCGAAUAUAGCGCCGCUUGGGAAACGAACCAUAUCUAUACCACCUUUAAAACUAGACGACGUGAAACCGCAAUUGACGAAACAGGAAGAUACGAAACCGAGCCAGGCUGAAAUAGCGGCCGUUGCUCAACAACAGCAACAACAACAACAGGCGCAGCAACAGCAACAGGCGCAGCAACAACAACAACAACAGCAACAACAACAGCAGCAACAGCAACAGCAACAACAUACGCAUCAGCAGCCGAUACAAGUCUGCCAAGUACCUGGACAUACAUUUACGAAUACUAACCUGGUCCACACAAGCGCGACGGCGGCGGUGGCAGCGGCCACAGCGGGCAUGGUAGUGUCGUGGUCUUGCGAGCUGUGCGGCCGCCUGUUCGCGACGCGGGACGAGUGGAGCGCCCACGCCAAGUCACAUCUUCCCGACACCAAGCUCUUGCAGGACAAGAUGCAACAGGCGACGCAUCAGCAACAAGACAAAGUCCACCUUUCCAACCAAGAAAAACUGCAACUGUUACACCACCACAACCAGAACCAGCAGAUACUGAACGGGCACGGCAUCGCCACCGCAUCCGUCUCCACUGCCACCGUCGUCAACGAAACGGCCAACGGAGGCGCGUACUUCACACACGGGCACACGCAUUACGCACCUGAGAGACAACACACACACGCGCACCACCUCUGCUUAAUGUGUAGGCAGGAGUUCGCUGGGAAGGCGGAGUUCAUGUUCCACGUCCGAGGACACUUCGAAGGCAAGGUGAGCGACAUCGCGGCCGCCGACGUGCUCGCGCGGUCGCUAGUGGACAACUCGGGACUGUGCACCUGAGCCACGCCUGCGCCCAGCGCGUUCCCGACCGACGGCUGUGGCAAGGGCGUGAUACAGGACGACACCAUUAUGCUCAAAUUCUGAGACAUAAGUGAUGACGAGUUCUCGUGCUUCGUGACCAGUGAUGUGAUGAGGUAGCGUGGCCAGAACCCGUCAUAAAUGCAUUAUGAACUAACUGCAUAGGCUAAGGUACAGACUCGAUUACAAGGGAUAUUUUUUGUAUCAUAACUUAAUUCCUACUUCCCUAAGUUAAUAAGUUAGUGACGCAUGUUAAGACACACUGGUUUGUAAAACACUUCAAAUUUGCUCAAUGUGUCAGCAACUCUAUUGUAAUCUUCAGUCAGUACCAUUUACUGACAUCUGAAAAAUUAUGUAUGAUAAGAGUAGUAAAUGUGUUACUAUAUCAGAGUAGACAGGAAGUAAAUAAAAGUUCAAUAAUAAUAAAUGAUUUAUCAAUUUACUUUUAUAAAUUGUAAAUCGUAAAUCAAUGAUUGGUUUAAACGUCUUGUUUAUACAAUACGCGAUUUAAGUAGAUACAAUACAAGACAAAACACAUAAAUUGUAUUAUACCUACU